UUUCUCUGUCCCUCUUCGUCCUCCUCUUCCUUGCUUUCUCUCUCUUUCUCUUCCUCUCUGCAUCUUUGUUUCUACUUUACGAACCAGUUCUAGGGUUUUGUCGAUCUCCUUUUGGCGCUUCCCCGUUUCGUCUCCCGUCCUCGCCGGAUCAAGAUACUUCUCUUCGUUCUUGGAUCAAAUAAUCCAAUUUUGAGUUAAAGCUUGAAGGUUAGUGGCUGAAACAGCAGUCUAAAUGCGAAAUUUCUUCAGGAAAUAAUUCUCAGAAGGAAGCUUGUACGCUAUCAGAGGAUCCUUGUAUCCAUGCUGGCAGAGAGCAUGCGUAGAAUCUGUGUUUCGGGUAAUGCCCCUGACGAGAUAUUCUGCCGAUGCAUUCGGUGUGUUGACAAUUUGCCUAGUUGCUCUGUUGAUUCUUCUUGGUUUGGUGUGCAUCGCAUACUCGUUUUACUUGCGUUCUCGUGUUCUUAGACAAGGAUUUAUUCAGCUCAGUUAUUUCAGUGGUCCUUGGAUCAUCCGAAUCACAUUCAUUUUUUUUGCCAUCUGGUGGGGUUUGGGUGAAAUUAUACGGCUAAAUUUUCUAAGACGGCAAGGAAGAGUGUUGAAUGCGCUGAAUUUGAAAUGGCAAGAAAACGUCUGCAAAUGUUACAUUGUCUCAAAUCUAGGUUUUGCAGAACCUUGCCUCUUCCUUACUCUUGUGUUUCUUCUUCGUGCACCUUUACAGAAGAUGGACACAGGAAUUCUAAGCAGAAAAUGGAAUGGGAAAACAGCAGGCUGUGUUUUUCUGUACUGCCUCCCUCUCUUUGUUCUUCAACUAAUUCUUAUUGUGAUUGGACCGGAGUUAAACAAGAAUAGGGGAGAUUUACCGUUGUAUUUCACAAGAACAGCUGCCCCGCAAAAUUCUGAUGACAUUGCUCUUUGCACUUACCCUUUACUGAAUACCAUUCUUCUUGGGCUUUUUGCCACCGUCUUGACUGCCUACCUGUUUUGGCUUGGAAGGCGGAUUUUGAAUUUGGUUAUCAAUAAGGGUUUGCAGAAGAGAGUUUACACCUUAAUAUUCUCGGUUACAAGUUUCCUUCCAUUAAGGGUUCUUUUACUUGGUUUAUCUGUUUUAUCUGAACCAGAGCAAUUCCUGUUUGAAGCUCUUGCAUUCUCGGCUUUUCUUGUUCUACUGUGUUGUGCUUUGGUCUGUAUUUUCAUGCUUGUAUACUGCCCAAUUGCGGAUUGUCUAGCCCUGGGGAACCUUCAUGACUUGGAGGCUAGGAGAAGGGUUGUUCUUGAUGAUCAGAAUGACACUGCAUCUCUCAUUGCUAAUCAGAGCCAUCUUGAAGGAAGUCUUGGAAUUAGCCCUGAGAGGAACUCCGAUGCCUCUACCAAGCGUGGAUCAAUUUCUUUCCGGACUUUUGAAAAAGAUGGGACCUCAGCCAGUGCAUUCGUGGAACUGAGCCUCUUCUCUCCCAGCCGAGAUGCAACCCCACCAGGAUCACCUCCUCUUCUGGGCUGGCCAAUGCGUCCUCCCAUACAUGUUCAUGGACCCUAAAAAAGUGAGCAAGAAAACUGAGUAGUUGUGGUGAAAUAUCAAUUUUGUGGUAAAGAAAAACUGAUUGUAAAGGGUUUAGCUUCAAUAAGGAUUUUUAUUCUUGGUUUGUUUUUCCUUUUCUCUAAUUUUAGAUAUGAUGGUUUUGCUUGAUGGAGUUUAUAAUCCGAAUCCCCCUUUUGUAACA